AGUGACGUCACACGGCAGCAGAAAGUAGUGUAGUAGUUGGCGUAGAUUUCGAAAAUGCUAACGGUUAAUGGUAACAGCAUUUGUAGAAUUAAAACCAGUAAUUUGGUAAAGUACUUGUACCAAUACACUGGCGCCAAACUUCGGUUUUAUAAAUGAAGUGUACUGUCUCUUUAAGGCCUCUCAGUUAGUCACUUUCGUAUUGAUCAAUCCACCAUUUUCCAACACACAGCGGCGGCAGUGCUAACACAGCUCCGGCAGCGAGGGAGAGAAGAGAGCCACCCCUCUACCUGGAGAGGAAGCCAGGGACCGGGGGCAGUCAUGGCAGCGAAUAUGUACCGGGUUGGAGAUUAUGUUUAUUUUGAGAACUCAUCCAGUAACCCACUGCUGAUCAGGAGGAUAGAGGAGCUGAACAAGACAGCCAAUGGGAACGUGGAGGCCAAAGUGGUGUGUUUUUACCGGCGCAGGGACAUCUCCAGCACACUCAUCGCCCUGGCAGAUAAACAUGCAAGGGAGCUGGAGGAGGAGAUGGAGAAUCCAGAGAUGGUGGACCUCCCCGAGAAACAGAAACAUCAGCUCAGACACAGAGAGCUAUUCUUGUCCCGCCAGCUGGAGUCUUUACCUGCCACGCACAUCAGAGGGAAGUGCUGUGUGACACUGCUAAACGAGACAGAAGCCCUGAAGUCCUACCUGGACAGAGAGGAUGCCUUCUUCUACUCGCUAGUGUAUGACCCCCAGCAAAAAACCCUGCUGGCUGAUAAAGGGGAGAUCCGUGUUGGGAACAAGUACCAGGCCGACAUCACUGACCUCCUGCAGGAAGGUGAGAAUGAUGGAAGAGAACUGGAGAAACUAGAGGAGAAGGUCUGGGACCCCAACAGCUCACUGACAGAGAAACAGAUUGACCAGUUCUUAGUAGUAGCUCGGUCAGUAGGUACAUUCGCCAGAGCCUUGGACUGCAGUAGUUCUGUCCGGCAGCCCAGUCUUCACAUGAGUGCUGCUGCAGCCUCCAGAGAUAUCACCUUGUUUCACGCGAUGGAUACACUCCACGCCACGGGCUAUGACAUGACUCGUGCCAUCGCAGCGCUUGUGCCUCAGGGUGGGCCUGUCCUCUGCAGGGAUGAAAUGGAGGAGUGGAGCGCUUCAGAGGCCAACCUGUUCGAGGAGGCACUAGAGAAAUACGGCAAAGAUUUCACCGAUAUCCAGCAGGAUUUUUUGCCCUGGAAGUCCCUGACGAGUAUUAUCGAAUAUUACUACAUGUGGAAGACCACAGAUAGAUAUGUACAGCAGAAACGAUUAAAAGCAGCCGAGGCAGAAAGCAAGUUGAAGCAGGUCUACAUUCCUAACUAUAACAAGCCAAACCCUAACCAGCUGAGUAACAAUGUAAAGACAACUCUGGUGAAUGGAGCAGCGGGUGCAGGGACCCCAGGAGCUCCAGGCUCAGCGCAGACCCCCGGCCUCGGCAGAGCCUGUGAAAGCUGCUACACCAGCAGCUCCUACCAAUGGUACUCGUGGGGACCUCCCAACAUGCAGUGUCGCCUGUGUGCUUCAUGCUGGACCUACUGGAAGAAGUAUGGCGGCCUGAAGAUGCCCACAAGACUUGAUGGAGAGAGACCUGGACCCAACCGUAACAAUAUGAGCCCCCACAGUCUGCCCCCGCGGCAUAGCGGCAGCCCCAAGUUUGCAGUGAAGACACGACAGGCAUUCUACCUGCAGACCACUGGGCUGACACGGAUGGCUCGCCGCCUCUGCCAGGACAUCAUCAAGCCUAGAUAUCUGGCCAGGCACCCCUACCUCCCUGUCAACACGGCAGCCAUCAAGGCAGAAUGCGCCCUGCGGUUGCCAGAUAGGCCAAAAAAGCCUUUGCCACUGAAACCUGUGGAGCGUAAACCUCUGGAGUCUGUGGUUCGGUAUUUAGAAGCACACCCCCGUCCAGCCAAGCCUGACCCCCCAGCUCGUGGAGGGACCAUCUCUACAGGCAGCCUAACACCCAUAAAAUCCUCCCCCAUUCUCAACAACGGCUCGCCCACCAUCCUGGGCAAACGCACCUAUGAACAGCACAACGGACUGGAUAGCUCUAAGUCCAAAGCCCUGACUCCACAGUGGGACAUCAUGGCCAAACGGGUGAGCGAGGUGGGGCGGCCCUUGGCCUCCCGGCAGGACGAGGUGCAUGAACUGGACUGAAACGUUCUGGGAAUGGACCUCUUCUGCAAACGCCAGAGAGAGGGGGACCUGACAGGAAAAUGGUCCAUAAGAGAGGCUGAAAGGAGUCGACAGCAUUGGCCACCUUUCUUCAGCCAGCACGGGUCUCGAUAAUCGAUCAGUUUGGCUGUGGUCAGUCAGAAGAUGAGCCUAACUGUACAGGACUGUUUAUUACUUCAGUUUCUCGUUAUUACCGUCACUGUUGUUAUAAUUAUAUUGUUAUAAUUUUUUUUUUUUAACCAACUAUAACUCAGCUUAUUGUUUGUCGAUCAAACGAUGGAACUUAUGAAGUUUCAUGAAAAAUGCUUGUAAAACCCUGUGGAAAAGGGUGGAAGGACUGUAACAUAAGCCACUAUGGGUUUUUUUGGGGGUAACAAGUUAAAUUGAACAAGGAGACGUGUUUUUAUUUCAGCGACACAAGUUCACUCCUUGUCAUUUGCUUCAUUUGAAUGCUUUAUGAGAAACAUUUUGUUUUGUGAGCCAGCCCUGCUCUUCAGCCAGAGGUUUAACUUAUUGAGAAAGACUUGUUUUUUGUACCUUUUUCACAAGUAAUGCAUCUAUGCUUCAAUAAUGUAAUUAAAAAAAGAAUAAUUGA